AUGUCUACACUCGCCAUGCCUUUUCCUCAACACCACACCGGUUUCCACCGCGAGUUCCAGUGGCAAGAACCCCGUCAUAUCGAUAUUUCUCGACCACGAAAUGAGCCUGAAAAGAUUGCUCUGCCUUCCAUUCGACAGGCAUUCCCAGAACUCCACUUACAGGUGCAGCAAGGUAUCCCCUCAAGGACACCUUCUGCCACUUCACCAACCUCCGGGCCUUCUGGAGUAUUAACUCCUCCCGAAUACACCCACUCACCUAACCAGAACAAAAGGAGGCGGCUUUCAAUCGACGGUGACAGGGACAUGGAGAGACCUAGUCAAAUACCUCGACUUUACGCCAGCCCGCCUCGAGUGAUCUCCCGGCACCAGUCUCCUGGCAUCAGUCGUCCAAUUCCUGAGCCAUGGUCGGCUUCCGGAAGGACUAGCCCAUAUUUGAAGAACUGUGCCAUACCAUCCAUGCGGUCACCAAGAGCAGUCGAAUUCCGCGAGCGAAUGGAAUCGCGGCUCAGUUUGCCAAGUCUACCUCAAAUGGAUUACGAGCGAAAUGUGGCCAUGAAUCGAAUGAGGAGCAUUUCUCGAGAUGACUUUGUACAGGAGUCUAUGAUACAAGGCAUUCCACACAUGGCCGGUGUCCCCAUAGAGGCACCCGCUCCGGCUCACUACCGGGCACCGAGCUAUGAAUAUGCAUACCACCACCCGACGAGAGUUCAAUCAUUGUCGCUAGGGUCGAUACACCCACUAGACCGCACGCCAUUUGCACCAGGCGCCUAUGGCCACCCCUUCCAAGAGACGUUUAUGCGAAUUGGAGAGCUGGGUAUGGGUAUGGGUGGAGACAACAAGCAACGAAAGCGCCGGGGCAACCUUCCAAAGGAGACUACGGACAAACUCCGUGCUUGGUUCGUGGCACAUCUUCAUCACCCAUACCCAACAGAGGAUGAGAAACAGGAGCUCAUGAGGCAGACUGGAUUGCAGAUGAACCAAAUUUCUAACUGGUUCAUCAACGCACGCCGUCGCCAGCUCCCAACUAUGGUCAACAACGCUCGUACCGAAUCUGAGGCCAUGGCAAGCCGUGGUGGCGACAGCAAAGUCUUGCCUUCAACUGAAAGGGCGGAGUACGAACACGAUGGCAAGCGGGCCAGUGUGCCGCUUAGCGAUGGCGAGGGUAGCGCCUAUGACGAAGUCGACAUGGACACCCUUGCUCGCCGUAGGUCGGCCAACAUGAAGCGUGGCAGUAUCUGA